AUGGAGGAGGAUGAGGAGGAUGAGGAUGAUGAUGAGGAGGAUGAGGAUGAUGAUGAUGAUGAGGAGGAGGAGGAGGAGAACAACCAGCUGACCUUCCUGGAUGUCCUCGUCUGCCGCAAAGAUUGUGGUGGCCUAAAAACCAAAGAGUUCGGGAAAGCUACAAAUACGACGCAAAUACUGAACUUUAAUAGCAACCACCCGAUCAGUCACAAACGCAGGUGCGUACGGACGCUAUACCGGCGCGUUGAGACGCACUGCAGUGAAAUGGAAGACAAGAUUGCUGAAUUACAAUAGCUUCGACGGGUAAUGAAAGCCAAUGGUUACCCGCGCAACGUUGUCAAACAGUGCAUGCGAAGACGACACCUGAGACCAAAUCAAGCCGACCCCAAAUGUCGGCGGGCUGUUCCGUACGUGAAGAACGUCUCAGAAGCCGUCAGUCGUCUUCUCACUCCACUUGGAGUUGGGGUUGCACACAGGCCGGAAGCAACCAUUAGGCAUCAAUUCAUGGGGCCGAAAGAUCCGCUGCCACGGCAGGAAACGUCUGGAGUCGUUAACCGGAUGUGGUGUAGUUGCGGACAAAGCAGUUAUGUCGGAGAAAUUGGGAGAUAACUCCGUACGCGAAUUGCCGAGCACGCAGCAGCAGUGAGGCGGGGAGACGCUGGCUCUAAGGUUGCGGCACACUCGACAGGACCCGGCCAUAUUUUCAAGUUUCAAGAGGCCGAAAUGCUCGCAAGGAGUGGCAACCGCGUGAGUCGCGAGCUGAUGGAGUCACGGUUCUCAGGCCCGCAAUCCAUCAACAAGCACAAUGACCUCCCGGUACCAUAUUCCGUGCUGAGAUUUUCCCUGGGCAGAGGAGUUAGUCACGUGGGGAGGACGCGGAUGAGCAAUUAUCCCAUUGACAUUGAGCCAAUUUUCCGCGCCAUCGUCACACCAGCAUCCAGCACGGAUGACGAAAUCACGGCCAUUAACGACUCGGACGCGGACUGACAAGCCACCAUCGCAUCAAUUACGACCCCAGCUGUUAAUUACAGUGCGCAUAUGUUCCCACGAGAGCCACGUGCUAUAAAUACUGCACUCCUUGGUGCCACAAUCGCCUUUAUCUGCUAAUGUCUCUGAUGAUGGAUUCGAGUAAGGACCCGAAACGUCAGGCAAAUAAAUUUCUUGUUCCGGUGAUCGCAUCUUCAUCUUCUGAACUGCUUCCUGGAACUCGCCUGUUCGCUUCUAUCAGGAGAGAAUUUCAUUAGCCAUUUUGAGCUCCAAACUGAGAGAGCAAGCAAGUCAGCAUGGAUUUGCUCCAGGCAAUGAAGGCUCGUAGAUUUUUGAAAGAACAUGCACAUUUGAGAUCAUCGGCAUAAAUAAAUGAUUGAGAAUGUUUAACUGCUGCUGGAAUAUCAUUUAUGUAAAGCAAGAACAAAAGAGGACCUAAAACGGCACCUUGUAGGACACCACUUACAAUAGGGCUUUCACUGGGAAGUAAAGAUCCCACUUAAACCUUUUGUUUACGAUUAGACAGGUAUGAUCUGAGAAAGUCUAUUAGUUGACUGCGAAUUCCCAAAGCUUCCAAUUUAACCAAGAGUAUUUUAUGUGGUACUUUAUCAAAGGCUUUACUAAGAUCAAAAUAAAUAACGACAACAGAUAGAUGGUCAUUACGAAGAGAGGUAAGUAGAUUGAGAAACGACAGAUGACAUGUUUCACAAGAGCGAUCUGGUAAAAAACCAUGCUGGGAAGGGCUAAUAACUUGAUUGGCUACGCAAAAGUCGGUAAUUUUUAAGGCGACUGUCUCUGAUAAUGAGUUCGGGCGAGAAUUCGAAACGUCAGGGCGAUAAAUUUCUUGUUCCAAUCAUCACAACUUCGUCUUCUCAGUCACAAGCGUUGGCUUUUCUGUGAACUGUCUGUUGAUGGCGGAGUUCGAUGAGAGAUCCGAAUACCCCGGAAGGUCAGCAAUAAUAUGCAGUUUUCAAUAUCUUCUGCCAAUUGUCCACAACCUUGGUUUCUCUAAUUUAUGUUCGCCGAAAUUUUUAAAAUAAGACAAUCCUUAAACUAUUUUGGCUCUUUGCGAGUUCUUCGGUGUUCAUUUUCCGGCAAACGAUAUUUUAGGUCAUAUCUGUAGGCGAGCUUACAGAUGAAGCCCGGCCGCUGUAUGAAAUGAUUGUUUACUGCAAGCAUCUGAUAUGAGUGUGCAAUUUGACAAAGAAGCUUCCCCUUUGAUAAAUCCUCCCUUUUUAAAAUUCACUGUUGUAAUGCGUCACAAACCACUGUCUACGUCCUUCAAUUUCCCCCUUUAUGUAUUUAUCUGAUUGGUACUGGCAGUUUCUUUGCCACAAACGAAAAUUUCUAAUUUUUCUAUUUUUGGGAUAGUUAUAAACUUUUUGUGGACUGAAUUCCUGCAGGAAAAUGCGCAGCAGUGCGGCCAUUUACAUAUAAAUUCGGGUUUAGUUCAGCCUAAAAGGGUACGCUGUGAAUAAACAUCAAACCACUUAGCCGAAAGCCAAAUUAAGCCCUUGAUGCAGAGCCCAUUUGGGGUUGUUUUAAAAACACUUGUCUGAGCCUGAAAACCACUGAUGUGAUAAAACAAAUUUUUAUCGGUGCCAGGAGGGCUAAAAAAUUGCCAAAAUUUGCAGACCAGGAUUUUUACAGAAGAAAGAGUUCCUGUUUCCCGACAGCAGUGUGGUAAUUCACACUCCAGGGCGGAAAAGUCAGAUUUUGAAUUAGCGAAGGCAGCUUUAAAGGCUGCUGCCUUGUAGGCAAACAUAUGACUAUAGGCGGAUCCGAUCUAAGAUGGUCACUGGCAUAAGGAGUUGCCUGAGUAUAAAGUACAGUAGGUGGAAUGUCAACCGAAAUUCCGAAAUGCGUUUUCGUUUCGAAAAGAGUACCUAAGAAGGGUUGUAAAACAAAUCAUCAUUUAGAUACUUCGGGAUGCUGGCUUUGAACGAACUUCCUUCCGACUGCAUAUGAAAGCUGCAGUUUGCAAUGAUUAUUUAAUCCGCAUGCAUUUUUCUCAUUGAUUUUCGACGCCUCUAAAAGUGCUCUUAUAUUUCAUGAAAACAUGCAUUAAAAUAUUCACUCCUUUACCAAACUAUAUCCUUCCUUCGAGUAUGAGAUUGAAAGAAGACGUAAUUAUCUACCGAAUGAGCAAAAGAAUGAAUAUUUUUAUGCAUAUUUUCCAUGAAAUAUAAUUUAACUUUAAGGAGCAUCGAAAAUCAAUGAGAAAAUGCAUGCUGCAUUGGUAGUCAUUUUUUACAGAGUAUGGUUUUUACAUGCAGCCGGAAGGAAGUUCAUUCGAUAGCCGGCAUCCUGAGGUGACUGAAAUAUUAUAUAAUUAUGUUGCAGGCUGACUAGUUCUGCAAGCCUACUUAAUUAGUCUUUUCGAAACGGAAAUGCAUUCCGAAAUUUCGGUCGGCAUUUCAUGGGUUAGCUCACCUACUGUAAUGUGGGAAUCCGUCGAAAUUACGUCUUCUUAAUCGCUACGAUAACCUAAACGUAGUAUCUGUUUAGGAAAGAAAUUUUUCGAAACGCCUUAAGCUCGCGGGUAGUAUACAGGACGUCCGAACGGACCGACCAUACGACUUUCUUGCCGUGUUACAUGAGGAUGCAAACCCUCUUUUGGGGGUAGUCUAGCGCUGAAUUCCAGGGAAAUUAGGGUUAUGGGUAGGGUCUGGGUUAGGGUGAGGACUCAGAUACAGGCAAACUACUUCGAAUUUAACGCAAGGCCACAUGCAAUACCUAGUAAAAAACAGGGAGUUCAAAGGUUCAACAGCUACAUUCCCCUUAAAUAAACUGAACUGGCCGUUCCUAUUCAUGCGUCCCGUUUUACUGGACCCUAAAACACAGUAAUUGCCCUAAAUGAGAGCGGCGGCUACAUUGAAUUGUGGCAGGCGUUAUAUGGGAAUCGCGAACCCAUAACAAAUGCUAACAUUUGGAGUGUGGCGGCACACCUAGACGCAGGUUCACUCCGCGCCAAAUGGGACCCCUGCCGUCCCUCCUCCAUAACUGUUGUUGGUCAAAGUCCUGAUCAGGGGUUUGCUGUUGACCUGGAGGUGUGGUGGUACCUCUAGGUGCGUGUUUACAUCGUGCCAGUCUCCUCCGCACUUCCCCGCCUCCGGCUGUCUUGACACCGGACCCAGAUGAAAGAGGAGAAGGGAGAAGUCACCUUCCCUGUUCUCACCCUGCCUGCAUAGCGCACGGUGGACAUCUUCGAAGACUCUGUACAGUUACAAGACGAACUGAAUCGCUUGCAACAAAGGUGCGAUGAGUGGUGUCUUGGCCUCAAUCGUAACAAAUGUCAACUUGCCCGAUUACAAUCGGCCAACAGGAGGCCGUUGAGAUUUGAAUUUCACUACUUUAUAGGAGGUCACUAACUCGAAUCAGUCAACGACUUAAGAGACCUCGGUGUGUGGAUGACGUCAACUCUCAAACCAUCGUCUCACUGUGCCAAGGUAUCCAAGAAAACUAUGGGUAUCCUAGGCGCGAUUAGAAGAUCCUUCGUCAAUUUUGAUGAAGAACUUUUCGGCCGAGUAUUUGGAGCAUACGUUUGACCAAUGUUGGGAUAUUGUGUUCAGGCAUGGUGUCCCUGGACGAAAAAAGAUUACACCCUACUGAAGAACGUACAACGAAGGGCGACCAAGCUAGUCGGCGGAUUAAACAGCCUUCCUUAAGAGAUACGUCUGGAAAAGCUAAAAAUAUUUCCUCUCUCUUAUAGACUACAGAGGGGAUAUGAUCAUGGCCUUUAGGAUCGUCAGAGGGCUAGACUGUGCUCUUCAGUUUGACGAUUUCUUCGAACUGGUGUGGACGAAAAAUCUUUGAGUGCACCAACAUAAAUUGAAGCUAAAAUAUGCCAAACUCGAAUUGAAGGCCAGAUUCUUCUUCCAUUAAACUGGUCGAAGGAUGGAACAAAUUACCAAACUCCGUUGUCUAAGCGGAAAACGUUAAGACCUGCAAAAGAAGACAAGAUACGUUUAUGCUUGGUAGGCAAACAUUUACACGAUAUUAAUGACUGGCAUAACUGCUAUGUAAAUAUCUGCAUGCGUCUAUCUGUGAAUAGGGUUUUCCAAAACUCUGCCUAUAUCCCUCGUAUAUACUGAAUUAUACUGAACUGAAAAAACCAAGGCUCGGACUAUCGUCUUCCUUUGGAAAUAUUUAGUCACCCGCUGUGGUUCUGGCACUUUCUGUAAUUGCUGGCAUUCCAGAGGAGCAGUGGUACGUCGAGUGUUACGCGAAGAAGAAAUAACCGCAAAUUGUAGUCAUCAGUGGUAAUGAAACUGCCGAAGGUUGGGAGUUUUAAACAGCGCCGCAAGUUGUUUCCGCGCUCUGCAGAGAACCACCUCUCCGGAACUCUCAAUUUCCGGAGUUAGAGCUCCGUUUCGCACGCUUAGGCAUUUUACAUUUUUAGGAGAAGCCAGAGCAGAUUAAGACUGCGGAGAGAAACACUAGGGAACAGGUUAUUCGGACCUCUUGAAACAGCUUAGGAUGGAAGUUAUCAAAACGUGUAGAGGAAUGUUAGGCCUAAAGGUCUGCGUCAAUGGUAAAAUAGGACAUUUUUCAAAAUGUAAAGCUUUGUGUUUCAGAUGUUUGGGUAUCGCAUUUCAGAAUUUUUGAAUUCUACCCCUGAUCCUAUCCGCAGGAUGAAAAAACGCUGAUUCUCAUCUACAGUCAGCAACCACUUUCAGGAAAUCUCGAUCGAACUUUCUGAAAUGACUUUUAAUUAGGAAGGAUUACUUAUGCGUGGUUGUAAUAUUGAUUGCCCUAUAGUUUAGUCCCGUGAUGUUUCAGCCACGUCGAGCUACUGGUUUUAGAACGCUGCUUAAACUGUGUUCAUUUUCUCUGUCGAUUUUCGACGUCCUCCUAAAUUCAAAAAUAGUUUGUAGGAAACAUGUACUAAGGCAUUCUUUCUUGUGCUCAUUUGGUAGAAAACCAAGUCUUCUUCAAAUUUUGCACUCGAAGAAUGGGCAUUUUCGGUUUUAAAAAGCUACAAAUUACGAGAUUUUUAAGACCAUGCAAUAGUUAUCCAAAUAGCAUCGUGGCUGUCUGCUUAGUAAUACCCUUCACUAAGUAUACAGCAUAGUCCCAAUCCGUCGGAACAUUCCAUGAUCACAUACAGUAUUUUGCUGGUAGCAUAAAAGAAUGCAUGUUUUCCCUUACACAGAAACCAAACAGCUUGUAGACCGUAGGCCUUAUACAAAAAUGCAACAGCAUAUCAAGUCGAGAAUUAUUCAGGAAUAGAAAAAGAUUUUUUAAACCAAAAGAUACUCUUCUCUCCUGGACAAAAUUUCAGUAAGACAUGGUCUGCCACUACCUGAUUACAAGAAAGUAAAAUUUUGUGCUUGUCCCCAGAAAAAUAUUUUUGAGCUUAUAAUGGCGCUGAAAAUCAAUGGGGAAAUCGCAUACUGCCUAACUAGCCGCGUUUACUGAGUGCGGUUUUUGCGGGAAGCCGACAAGAAGUGCAUUCAAAAGCCGAGAUCCUGGCGUAUCUGAAAUAUCAUGGGAGUACGUCGAAAGAUAAGCAGUAUUACAGCCCCCCCUAAGUAAUCCUUCCUGAUCAAAAUCCCAUUUCAGAAUUUCGGUCAACAUUUCAUGAGAUCGACCGCUGACUGUACGGAUUAUUACGGCAUUCCAGCACCUCUUCCUAAUGGUCGAUAUAUUAACUAGCACCUAAAAUAGAGCAGUCUGCUUGAAGGCGGUUUUCUCUAAAUAUUGCCAAAUAGAGGAGUACACUUUUCUAGGAAUUCCAGUUUUCUUUUAACGAGGUUAUUUUCCACGGGCAAAUGCAUCUGUGUAUAUAAUUAGAGGGGAUGCAGUCAGUCAGUUAGUUGGAUUUGUUUUUGUUUUCGCUGUCAUUUCAACCUCCUGAUAAUGAUCGCUACUGGAAAUGCCACUCAAGCCACUAAUGGGCUGGAAGAUGUACCAAUAGUAAUUGAGAUGCUGCCAGCAUACGCCUCGCGCUUCCAAUCGAUUUUUUGCGAAAUCACAAUCGGCCGCCUUCAAAGACUACACGCAAACGUUUUCGCAAGUGCGCGCGACCCCUGGCAGCACGUGAGCACGCUGGCACGGUUGUCGCGCGAAGCGAGCGAGGAAACUCAGCCCGGUCGGUGUGAGCCUCUGAUUGGCGGAGCUCAAGAACGAGGAAAUGCGUGGAAGAGCGAGAACAGGCCGCCGUGUCAGCCGACAGAGCAACCAAGCAGGGCUGGAAGCUGCGCCACCUCAAGCGGAGAAAACAUCUCCACGCUGCUGCUGCUGCUGCCGCUGAUGAACUUUGGGUAAAUAUGCCCUCCUGGUGAAUACUAGCAAUACAUUGCCAUACCAUUAGCUACCUUUCUAAAGUGCGGCAGCUCUCAAGAGACAACGGACUGGUAAGCAUUCAUUUCUUCGCAAUUAUUUGCUUUGUGAAAUCAUGUCACAUCGUUAUUGUGCUUCGGCACGAAACUCACCAUCCACAGGAAGACGAUCGAUGCAGUAUUUUUGAUAAUGCUUGCUGACUACUGAGUAUUGCUAUAUUGCUUAAAUUACAAAGCUUGUCGGUUUUAUUAGUUACUGGAGCCCAAUUGGGGAGCAAUUUGACAAUUUUUUUCAGAUUUCGGGUCUUCCUGAAUUUAUUUUCCUAGUUGUCCAACAGAAUCCUGUUAAAUAAGCUUCCUACAAAGUGCCUUUUGAUUCACUAAAAGGCAACGGUAUAGAGAAGGACCCAACUUAACCGUCAGUAGACUGUAUAUCGAGUCAUAUGCGCUGGCUGUUGCAGAAAUUAAGCUGCCAACAAGGAUUACUUCCCACGACCUCACACGUUAACUCAAAAUUUGUUAUUGUGGGAAAUUUGCUUGUUGUUUAUUGCUUACUACUCUCAUUUCCGUUGUCGUGCAAUAGCGAAGGACAAGACUUCCGGCAUAAAUCCAGGCAAUUUCUGUGUUUUCUUUCAUUUUGUCAGCUUACAGUCUAGCGUGCUGUCCCACCCACAAAACUCCCUUUACCAUAAAUCACGUAUGGCACGAUCCACAGUCUACUGACAGUUAAGUGGGGUCCUUCUCUAUACCGUUGCCCACUAGAACAAAUAUGUCACGCAACUAUGAUUUUCUCUCUUUUACGUUAUUAAGAACGUCAAGCGUCUUCUCUUUGAAGAUCCCUAUUAUCACAGUUCCCGUAUUGGAUAUGGCUUUGCGCCAUAGUUCCGGGGAGGGGAGACUAUCUUUCCACGAAGACCCAUUUUAAGUAUUAAAUUAAACAAGCAGUGUUGAAAAGGCUUUUUGACUCAUAUAUUUAAAACACCACGUCUCAUCUCCUUAAUGGUUCCUAUUAUCAACAUUUCCGCAUUUAAAAUGACCUAGCACCAUAUUUCGGCAAGGGAGCGGGGCACGCGUGUCCGCCCCAACUACUUUAGUAACCAGAAAUUAAUGUCCGAAACUUUUUAUUUUUCUACCCGAUUGGAGCACACCAAUGGGGUUUCGGCCUGUCAGUGACGGGUGUAUGUUCCUGCCAUCGAGGCGGAAUUUAAACUCCUUCCACUAAUAUCUCAUUUCACUGGAAAUCUUUGUGCCAUUAACAAAUAAGUGGGCUAGAUUCAGCAUCACAUUAAAUACAGUAGGCGACCCAACUGAUAAAAGGUGACGAAAUUUACGAAUGAUUGCUAAUCACUCGCAAACAAGCACCAAUUUAUGAACCUUAUAUCUGCCUUAAUAAAGAACAGCUUUAAGGGAAUUCAAGACAUAAAAGCUUUACUAAAAAUAAUAUAAGGAUUUUCAAAAAUACCAUUUUUUAGCAAAGUGGAAAAUAACAAAGCGUAAAAAUGGUUGUGUUUGACCAAGCUUCUCUUUGGAUGUACAGAAAACCUGCCCAUGCGAGAAAGUGAGGAAACAUGACAGUAAAAAUAGCAUACUACUAGGAAAUGGUCUUUCAGUAAAGUUGACAUCAAAAUAUCCUUUGAGAAUCGGUGUAAUUUUGGAUUUUGUGAUUUGCUAGUAGCCUAUAUCCUCAGUAUAGAUCCCAAGAGCAGUUUCCUGAGAAUUAGUUGUAAUUUCCAAGGUUUUGGUUUGAUUGGAAUGCAGCCCAACAAAGCAAACAGGAUUUAGCUAGAGGGCCGUCAUCGGAAUAAAGAUUUUCACAAGGUCACAUGUCGUCAAGCCGAUCAGGGACUAACUAUUUUGUGUAUAUUUAUAGAAUAUUUUCCCCGUGAAACUAAUUUGCACUUCUUCCCUGUUAUGGAUUUUGUUGAGUUUCAGAAUGGCUGUGAAAUAUCCCUAAGCACAUCACGAUUUCCAGUGUUUUUAAUCAGUCACCCAUACAGACAGAUGCUGUGUUAUGCGUUCACUAAAACCUUCAAACUACUAUUUCUUUGUAAAAGCAUUUACCGUGGUAGCGAGUGUUUUGGAGUUCCUUUUCAUGUGGAUGGUCGUUUGAGCCAUAUUUGUGGACUUACCAAAGAAAGAAGCCUCACUGUCAGGAGAAACGGACCUCUACAACAUAUAUCAACAAAAAAUUUGCAUUCUAUCAACUAGGAAACUUUUUCAACAAGUUACCCAUUUUAGGAGUCCUUUAGUAGUGGAUUCUAUCGACGGAUGUCCGCGUAAUUUAGAUUUUUACACGGCAAAAGCCAGGAGAAAAAUUGAUACAUUUGGCUGUUUAGUUUCGAGUUACCGAAAACGGAUGACCAUGUUUAUCUUUUUAUAUGGCGGCCAUAUUUGCUAUCCUUGCCCACCUUUCGGCGCGGUUCUAUGAUUAUAAAUGUAGAUGAAUGCUGCUAGUUUGCAAAAACACUUAGUGAUUUGCCCGUUUCAUUUCUACGUCAUGUAUAAGCAGGAAUUAGGAUGCAACAAAAGUAAUGUUUCUUAUGUGUAGGACUGAAAAUAACUUGGUGUGAGAAAAGUAAAGCAGUAUUUCGUCGGAAUGAAUUUUAAGCAAGCAGAGACAGCAGAAUUUAUUGGAACCACUAGAUUUCGCGACGACCUAUCAACUGCUGCCUCGCUGUUAUCAACAAUAGCAAAAAUAUCGUCCACAUAUCGUUUGCAUAGUGUUUUCAUAUUCAAUUCAAAUGACAACCUUUCUUCUAAGUGACCCGUAAAAAUGUUGCGAAAGGUUGGACCAAGCGGACGUCCCAUCACUAUUCCAUCAUUUUAUCUGUACGACUGUCCAUUAAACAGAAACUGAAGCUUCUAGUGUAAAGUCUUGACAGGUCACGCAGUAUUUCGUGUGAAAGACGGGUUUCAGACGCACGGGCGCAUGUGACAUCUAUUGUCUCAUCAAGCGGUACAUUUGUGAAUAUGAAAACACUACACAAAAGAUAUGGGAAUAAUAUUUUUGCUAUUGUUGGUAACAACGAGGAGGACAUAGACCUACUUGUUAUCAUAUAUAAUCUCCAGCCAAAGACCAAAUUCACGAUGGAAAGGGAGCAAUGUAACGAGAUAUCUUUUCUGGAUGUCCUCAUGAUAAGACAGGAAGAUGGUUCAAUAAGGCGAUCGAUUUUCCAUAUGGACACAUGAAAGGAUCAGUACCUACACUUCCUGAGCUUCGUACCAAUACAACGAAAGCGAAAUCUGGUUUUCACUCUUUUCCAAAGAGCAAGAAACAUUUGCUCUAUUGAAACACUGGAUGUUGAAACCUCGCCUCAAAACAGCCCUGCUUAAACGUGGAUAUUCAACGGGUUUUAAUCAAAAAGUACAGUAACGCUUUACGGCCAAAAUUGACGAAGCAAUCAGUCCCGAAAAAGCUCGUUGUAAUAUCCCUACCCUUUAAGGGUGACAGUAUUUCAAUUACCAUUAUGUGAUGAUCGAGAUGCGCCAUUGAAAGAACAUACAACACAGCUUAAUUCAUAUUCUGCAGCUCCACUAAGGCUAUCUCAGUUCCAUGGGCAAAGGAUUCCUUGCCAUUGCACGCCAAAUCAAAUUGUGCUUACGAAUCCACAUGCAUUUGUGGAGGAAAGUAUAGUAGGUGAACGCGAAGGCAAUUGGCAGCCAGGUCAGUUCAGCACCUGCCCAAAUGGUUUCUAAAGCAGGAGAAUAAAAUUCCACGGUCUUCUAUCACAAAACACCUCCUUGAUAGCAGUUAUUCGGUUGACCCCAAAACAUCUUUUCGAGUAUUAGUUCGGACACAAACAACUCAGAUACUGCGCUUAUUGGAGGCAGCCUACAUACGGCGGGAGAAACCCGACCUAUGCAAACAGUUAGAUUACGUGACUAACCCAGUUUGCCCUGGUAAAGGUUGGUUUGCGCAACCGCUCUUCGUGUUAACUUUCGUUCCUAAUUUGCAUUUUCAAUUUAACAUUUUAUUGAUUAGUCUGCGUGCAUUAUACGACGGCCUUGCUGUUUGAUAUUGAUUUUACAUGUGGAAGUUCAAACCUCUGUAUCUUUCUCAUUUGUUAUCUCUGUUAUGCAACGACACGCUGCAGUUGACAAGCCGUCGCGAAAUUAAAUGGUUUCUUUAAAUUCUACAGUCUAUGAUCGCUUCAAAUUACUGUUGGUAGUCUCCUUUAUGUCAUCUUAAAAUUUUUUUCCAAAUAGCGAAAUGAUUUCGACCCAUUUAAACAAAACUUGCCUUUAUGCAUCGUUACUACAGUUUGGGCCUGAAAUGUCGCAGGGUUGUUAAUAUGAACCUUAAAAUCCGUCAAAGCGCCCGUUUCUCGUAAAAUAACCUGUGAACUUUCGGUCUGAUUCGCACGGUUGGUAUGAACCAAAAAAUUAACUUUGAAGUAUUGCAAGUUCUUUUUGACAGAAUUCAUGUGGGUGCUCUAUUCUUUUCUGAAAAAACCAUUUUCAGCUGCACAAAUGAAGUACGGGCCAGGUAUUAGCAUGGCAAACUUUACAAACAUAUAGCAGCGUGUAUGUUCGCUCAAAUCUAUUAGCAUGCUGGUUGAUAAAAUAACGUGAGCAAGAAAAAGACAUUUCCUUGAAAAAGCUUUACGAGCGCGUUAAAUGUGCAACGCUUGAGACGUCCAAACUUCGCAUAUCAGUUUCUGUCAUCUAGUUUCGUGAGCCAGGUCAAACACCGUAUAAGCGUGUCUGAGAAGGUGGAAAUGGAUAGUGUUUCCUCGUCCCACAGAUGACAGGAAAAUGCCUUAAUCACAGAGAGGAUAUUAUUUGGCCUACAAAAUGCCCAGUUAUUCUGUCUUGAAUGGGAGAUUCAGCGGAAACUAAUGAGGGCGCUCCUUCAGAAAAAUCCCCAUAAAUCACAGAGAGGAGAAUUUCAGCCUAACCCCUCUUUUUGUUGUGUUUUCCCAAUACGCAAAACAUGCCAACUGAUUCCAAAUUGUUUAGUCCUCGUUCAACAGAAGUGUAACUGAGGACACUGCUUUUUAACUUCGUUGGGACGUGUUUUAAACCGACCACAGAGAGGGAAUUGGAGCGGAUGCUUCGCACUCAGAAAGUCUCUGUUUGCUUAGGACCACGAGGGCAGAGGUUACUCUCCUGGAACCCGGUUUCGAUCUAAAAAGAAUUGAAAAGAUUUGAGUCUCUGAAGGUAGCUAACUACUUAUUUAUGCUUUACUCAUACAAUAGAGGGGCUAACUCAUUAAAUGUCAACCGAAAUUCCGAAAUGCGAUUUCGUUUCGGAAAGGUUAAUAAAAUUGGGUUUGAAAAACAAAUCAACGUACAGCCAAAUUCUGCAAUAAUUCAGUUACCUUAGGAUGCCGACUUUCGAACGAAAUUCUUUCCUGCUUCAUGCAAAAACUACACUCUGUAAAAAGGACUAUUUAUUUAGCAUGAAUUUUCUCAUUGAUUUUCGAUGCCCCUAAAAGUCCAAUUAUAUUUCACGGAAAAAAUGCAUUAAAUAUUCAUUCUUUAGCCCAUUCGGUAGAUAAUUACGUCUUCUUCUAACUUUACACUCGAAGGAGGAACAUUAUUCGGUUUUAAAGAAGUUUACAAUUGUGGGACUUUCAAAUAUCGUGAAAUGGCCGUUCAUAAAUCGUCAUGUCUCUGCAUUUACCAAUGUGGCUUGUAAAGUUAACAAUAUGGAUCAAGUCCACUGCUAAAGUUUAUGAACCCUAUAUAGUCCCCCUUAUUGCCGUAGAGAACUGUGUGGUUUUCCGUACGCGGAAAACAUACGGAUUGUAGUUUAAAAAUUCUGAAUACAAGUGUAACGUCUAGUCGGGUUCAAAAUGAUUCGGGAAUUAGCAAAGUUUUUGAAAACCGAAUUGUACUCUUCUUUUGAAUAUGAAAUUGGAAGAAGACGUGAUUUUCUACCGAAUGAACGAAAGAAUGAAUAUUGUUAUGCAUGCUUUCCAUGAUAUAUAAUUGGACUUUUAGGGGUUUAGAAAAUCAAUGAGAAAAAUUCAUGCAACUUAAGUGGUCAUUAUUCCGUCGCCCCGUCGGCGCGACAACAUUGGCAACGGUGUCAGAUUGGGGGCAACAGCAUCGGCUACACCAGGCGGACCUCAAGGAAAACUGCCUAAAACACUAGGUGUCGUUCAUCUAGGAGCCAGGAUGUACAGUUAAAGGGUGGUGGCUGAUCUCUCGCUCGGAGUGCGCAGCUAGGAUGUCAUUCAAGUUAAGGUCCAGUUAUUUGGUCGAUACAGUCCUCGCGAUAGAUCCUCCAUUCAGGUUGUCCCUGCCACUUAAAAUCCGGCUCGAGGAAAGGAAGCGUGUUUGAAUAUUGCUACAUACAGUGGCGGAUUCAGAUAUCUCCCGAGAGAGCGGAGAGAAAAGCAUUUUCAUGCAGUUGAGGAUGCUUCUUUCCGGUGUCUUUUCGUCCUGGGCAGGUGCUUGCUGUGGAUCAGAGGGUGUGGAGUGGAGCUCCAGAGUGCGGGCUCGGCCGCACCAUCCACCUGCGUCCUCCCCGCGUCCGAUCUCCUUGACUUUGAUCUUGAAUCGAACCCAGGUGGGGAGGAGAGGGUGUGGCAGAUGUAGCGCAAGUGCCCUCUUACUCACUCAAGCACAGGUUCCCGUGCCUGCAUCACCUUGGUGUAGGGCACAAGGUAGAAAACGUGGGAUGCGAUGGUCGGACUACCAUGUGAAAUGAACAGAAAUAAUAUAAAAAAUAUUAUGUCAACCAAGGGCCCAAUGUCUAUCGUUCCAUCGUGACAUCCGUUUGUUACACAGGUUUAAGUUCUGUACCCAAUAACCCGGUUAAUAGCGCUACGCAUCAGGGCGACCUGGAAAUCAAGAAUGGUUCCUAUACAAUCUCAUGCUUAUUUCAUUGAUUUGGGAAGAGGCAGACCUCGCUAGCCUUAAUGGAUUUUAUUUGGCUAUUAUGACUGAGGAAUUCCCAGUUCCUUAUAACCCUUUUCGAGUUCUUAUUCCUCAUGCAAAAAAUGAAUUCCUAAAAGCGAAUUCGACAAGGAAGAGUCGAUCCGGAGUCUCUAAGAAACUGGUUUUUGCAACUCAUCAGGUCGAAAAGUGCGGCAACCUUUAGAUCACUGCCGAGGUCGACGGUUUUACGCUGGGAGGAUUCUUGAAUCCGAAGUUGGGAAGUUCGCAUGUUUUUUACAAAAUCAUUUAGUGUUGGCUGCGCCAUCCAACUGCGCUCUUUCCGCCUCCGAUCUCCUUGACUCUGUCUUGACAUCGGACCCCGGUGGGGAGGGGAGAGUGCGGUAGAUGCUGCGAAAGUCUACUCUCACUAUAAGUUCGCUCACGCGCAGGACACCGCGCUUGCUUUACCUUGUCGUGGAGCACAGGGUGGAAGGCGACAGUUAAACAAUCAUGUGCAAUAAACAGAAAUGUUAUCGAAAAUAUUAAAUCAUCCAAAGUUCAAAUCUCGAUCAUUUCAUCGUGACAUCCCAGUUGGGUUUAAUUUUUGCGCAUACUAACCCGGUUAAUAACACUACGCAUCAGAACGAUCUGGGAAUCAAGAAUGGUUCCUGAACAAUCUCAUUCUGAUUUUGUCGGUUCGGGAAGAGGCAGAAUUCACUAACAUUAAUGGAUCUGAUUUAGCUAUUCUGACUAAGGAUUCCCAGUUUCAUAUGAUCCUCUCAGGUACUUAUUCCACAUGCAAUAAAUGAAUUUCGAAAAGCGAAUCAGAACGGAACGAGUCAGUCCGGAGGCUCUAGAAAAGCUGGUUUCUGCAAGUCAUCAGGCCAAAAAAUGUGGCUGCCUUUGAACCAUUGCCGACAGAACCACGUGGAAAGUUGUAUGUUUGAAGGAUCCUUGAUUUCGAAGUUGCGAAUUUUGAGUUUUCCUCUAACUCACGUAAUUUUGGACAUCUGUCAAGACAGUCAAAGUGUCUCUGACUCGUAAAACAGGCAAAAAUCAAGUCCUAGCCUAGGAAUUUCAUAAUGCAUUAAAACUGAACCCGUCACUUAAGUAAUACGGACGACAUUUUCGUGCAUGUUGAUUUUUGGUUGUGAACAAUUUUGGCAAUCUGCCCAAAAGAGCAUUACCACACAAGACUGCGUUUCUUUCUAGAGCGUUUCACUGUCGGUACAUAUAUGGCCAUAUUGUAGAAGGGCAUUCAUCAACAAUUUAUUUUAUUGGGCUGGUAUUAUGAGAACUCUUGAGACGAAUACAAGGGCAACUCUGUGGCCCACGAUCAUCAGGUUUUUAAGGCCGAUCACCAGCGGCUCAAUAGGAUUCAUAUCUGUUUCAAUAAUCUACGGCACUAU